CAUGAUGCUUCACUCGUUAGUCUUUUCCGUUUCCACGAUGUAAGAAGUUCACCACCGGCAAGAUCACAGGAACAACAUGCCGUGGAUUAUUCUUCUGAACUACAGAUCAUGUUCAUCCUCAGGUUAUCAGCAGACAGAUGUUUCUCCCUCUCAUCGGACGUCUCCGUAUAGUUUAGUGCCUUCUCUGAAGUAGCUGCUCCAAGUCUUAUCAUCAUCCUCCUUCCUUUGUYGGCGCCAGCUUACAUUCCUGACAGUAUUUGAGGAGAUGAAUGGGGCGUCAGCCAGUUUCAGCUGAUAUCUCAGGAUUGUAUCUUGGUGUGUGAUUAAACAUUUGUCCUGCCUCAGCCUCAGGUCUGGCUUGUAUCACUUGCAGGAGUUGGCCACAGUGAGCAGCACGAUCAUCAGUAGCAGUAAUGAGAGCUGCAAGAACUUGUCCAUAUAGUUGGAGCUGACAUUACUGAAUCCUUUUCUGCUGAAGAAUCCCUCUGAGCAACGGGACCCUUAGUCUCAUCCAGUGUGUGACACCGCCUCUGCCAUGCCAACCAACCAGUUCUCCCCCUGGGAUGGGGGAGAUCUCCGGGCUUGUACUAACGCAGAGAGUCCCCCCACUGCUGCCUCUGUUUCAGGUGUGGCGAUCAAAGUGCCUUACAGUCAAACCAGCCUAACCCCUACAUCUGUGAACUAUUCAUCUGGAAGGAACCAUAGGAGUGAUGCACGUCUGGAGCUUCCUCUAUCGGCCUGUUAUGAAGACCUGAUGAUCCAAGGCCGCUCCACAGGGAAGCUCAACAGUAUGCAUGAGACAGGAGACCGUUUGUCUUCACCACCUCCUCUGUGCCUUAGUCUUUGUAAAAAUCAGGGAGCAGCUUUGUUGAAGAAUACCUCAAGCUACAACGGCACAAAAGCAGAAAAAAGCACAAAAAGACAAAUGAAUGCUGCACAAAGGAGCAACUCUGCUAAAACAAGAAUAAAACACUGUGAACCACAAAACAUCCAAGUAACACAACCAAACAAUCGGCUGCUUGUUGAAGGUGGUCCUCCGGCCAUCUUGGCCGACGCCACAAACAUCAAGCACCAAAGUGGAGCGUUGCUCCAUGUGACCAAGCAGGCCUUGGAAAGUCUGUGUCCACUGGGAGGGARCAGAGGUCUCUGUUCCUCUCCGUCCAGCUUCAUGCCGGCUGCCAUCACUCAGCAUCUCCACACAACCCAGCUGGAUGUUGGAGAAGAUGUGGCUUCAAACCCUGCAGGAGCUUUGGUUGGUUCUGUAACCACUCAAAUCUCAGCCAUCCACCUCACCAGGCAAGGACAACCUGCCAACACAUCGUCUCCAUCCCUCUCCUCUUCCACCUCCUCGGCACCAGCAGAUGAACUGCUGGUUGGAGAGGCUCAGCAGUCAGACUCGGAGUGCGUGAUGCAGGUGGAUGAGGAGGAUGAAGAGCAGCACGAUGAGCUGGAGACUGUCUGCUGUGACAAUGGUGAUUCAGACUGCUCCUCUGUUACUGAUGCUUCAUCCAUCUCCAGUGUUAAGGAACCGAUGAUUUUGGAAACUGAAGAUGACCGAGAAGAGMGACCAGCACUCGUUCCCAGUUUGUUCCCCCUCAUCCCUCCGACACUCUACUUCAGCACAGCAAAUGAGAGAGUGGAGCUGCUGCCUGUAGAAGAAAGACGACUGCUGAAAUGGAAGAUGAGCACAGUCACGCCAAACAUCGUCAAGCACACCAUCGYCAGGUCACACUUCAAGGUCACCAAGACAGAAAGCCACGACUGGUUGGGAUGCUGGGGACACCACAUGAAGUCUCCUGGCUUCAAGGCACUUGGAGAGCACCAGAAGCUGAACCACUUCCCAGGAACUUUUCAGAUUGGCAGGAAGGAUCGGCUGUGGAGGAAUCUGUCCAAGAUGCAACUUCAUUUUGGCAAACAGGAGUUCAACUUCAUCCCUCGAACGUUCGUCCUUCCUCAGGACAUGAAGCUGCUCCGGAGAGCCUGGGAGGACAGUGGCUCCAAACAGAAGUGGAUCGUCAAACCUCCUGCAUCAGCCAGAGGAAUAGGUAUCCAGGUUAUCCACAGAUGGAAUCAGAUGCCCAGGAAGAGGCCACUACUUGUUCAGAAGUACCUUCACAAGCCUUACCUCAUUGGUGGGAACAAGUUUGACUUGAGGAUCUAUGUCUAUGUGACAUCCUAUGACCCGCUCAGAAUCUACAUGUUCUCUGAUGGACUGGUUCGCUUCGCCAGUUGCAAGUAUUCGUCUUCAAUGAAGACUCUGAGUAACAAGUUUAUGCACCUGACCAACUACAGUGUCAAUAAGAAAAACUCUGAGUAUCAGACGAACAGCGACGAUAAGGCCUGCCAAGGACACAAAUGGGCUUUGAAGGCUCUGUGGCAGUAUCUUGGGUCCAAAAGCAUCAACACAGCCCUGAUUUGGGAGAAGAUUAAAGACAUUGUGAUCAAAACUGUAAUAGCUUUGUGGGGAGGGAGCAAUAAAAGGACCAGAGCUCACCUGUGUGCUGAUGAAAAAGUCAAGCAUGCUUUUUACAUCACACAGCGUUAUGCUGACCAGGAGUUCCUCUCCUCGGUGCUGGAUGUUCUGACUCCAGAGGACGUUUGUGUGCUGGCAGAGAGCGAGGACGAGCUGAAUCGCCGAGGAGAGUUUGAGCGCAUUUUCCCAUCGCAGUCGUCGUCACGCUACCUUCGCUUCUUCAAGUGUCACAGAUACUACAACAUCCUGCUCGAUCAGUGGGAACGGAAGUACUGGAACAACCGGACAAAAGGGUGGUGGUCAGCCUCCAGCAUCACUCCAACACCUCAGAGGAGAUCGGUUCUGAUGCCACGUCUGUCCUCAGCCCACCCAGUUCUCCCAGUCCUGGAGCCAGUGUGAGCAGCAGUACCUGUGAGAGCCCCCAGAACUUCAGUUUCCUCUGAUGAUGUCCGGUACACAGCUCCGUUUGCUUCUUUGGACCAGAACUGCCAAUCAAACCCAGGAGGAGGACGAUUUUUAUCAAACAGCAGCUGUAAACUGAACAAAGUGACUUAUAGAAUAAUUAGUUCUGAAGUCCAAUGGUUCGAUUUCCUGUUUGUCUUUUCAUGUUGCACCAAAAACCAGGAGAGCCCGUCUGGUGCUGGUGUGAGCGUGAGCUGGGCUUCAGCUGGAACCUGGAUUUUCAGCAUCCGUUGGUUUUUCUUUUAUUAGAUUAUUUCUGGAAGCUGGUUAACGUGCCUCCAGGUGAUGCAGUGUUGAUGUUUGCAGAUGUUUGGAUGAGUUUAACUGCAGAAUGUGUCCAAAUGGUUCUUCAGUGUUAACGGUCCUCUACAGGAGAAAAGAGCUUUARUGAGCUGGUUCAAACAGAAACGUGCUCUGUGUGAGAUCAGAUCAGACGGGACAAAUCCCAGGAGGAGCUCCGUGUGCAGCUUUCUACACGAUGGCCUUGUGGUUCCUGUUUGUUCUGCAGCACAGUUUACAGAUCACACACACUGCCAUUUUAUUCUGCCUGCAAGCCUUCGCAGCAGUUUAUUAGUGGCCUUUUACUGAUGGUUGAAGACACACACACACCGUCUCUGUCCAAACUGAGCAGUUGGACUCAGACUUCGUUAAAACUGAGUGUAGGCUUCAUGCUUUAUUUUAUUCCUACAAGCCUUUCAGCAGCUUUAAUAGAGUCUCCAACAUGUCUCAGAAAAUGUGUGCCACAGAUUUGUUCUCAGGAAGUCUCCAGUCCACCUCAGAGCAGUAGAUCUGUAAGUGACACCUGCAGGAGAAUCUUCUCAGACAUAAACCUGUCUGUGUCUAAAUAAUCCAUGUUCAGAAAGUGCUCCUAAAUUGUGUGCUUAAGUAAAAUAAAUCAUAAACGUGGCGGCCGCCAAAGUGGGUAUGAUGUGUGCAGAGGUGAGCAACUAAAUAAUCUGCAGGAUUACAGUUGUGCUCAUCAAAAUAAGCUGAUUUGAUUUAUUUAUUUAACACACAAAAAGUGAAACAAAAAGAAUACAACAAUUCAAAAUGGCAUAUUUCAGGUGCAAGGGAAGGGUAAAAGCCUGAAAAGCUGUGAUUUAUAGAAACCUAAGCACGGAGCUUACUGGUCGCAGUCAGAAUUCAGUGAGACCGCAAAAUAAAUAAAUAAGAUAUCUGGUUUUGCAAUUUUCCUGAAAA